CCCAUUAAGACCAAUGCAGAGAUUUAUUAAAGAGAGAGAUGGCUAAGUUGCUGCAUCAAAGUCCAGUCCAAGGCAGCCAAUCUCAGUAUGUCUGUUCAAGCUUUUCUAAUGACCUUCUUUUAAGUUUUCUAAAACCUGUUGGGGAGUAUCUUCUUCUGACCAUGCCAAAAUAUAGUAGAGUUUCCUUUAGUUUUCUCCUUCUGGUGAUGAUGGUUAUGGAAGGAGGAGAGGCAGGGGCAGCAGAUGGCUUUUCAGGGCUAUCUGCCGAGGCCCAUGUCCUGCUUUCCCUGAAGAAAUCCAUUCUUGUUGCAGAAGGGUCGCCAGAUGUUUUAAGCAACUGGAAAAGUGAGGCCAAUUCAAAUUCAACUUCCCAUUGUUGGUGGAAGGGGGUCCAAUGCGAUAAAUCUUUUCGAGUUGUUGGGCUUAAUAUCUCUCGCAUGAAAUUGCUUGGCUCAAUUUCACCCGAGAUUGGGAAGCUAGUCAAUCUUGUGAAUCUCACGCUUUCUUCAAAUAAUUUCACCGGUCCUUUACCUAUGGAAAUCACCCAUAUUCCUAACCUUAGAACUUUGAAUCUCUCCAAAAAUCUCUUUAAUGGGACCUUCCCCUCCGGCAUUUCCAAAUGUAAGGACUUGCAAGUACUGGAUGUUUACGAUAACAACUUUACAGGGCCGUUGCCUGUGGAGUUAAGUGAGCUCAGCAAGCUGCAACAUGUGCACUUUGGAGGCAACUUUUUCUAUGGCAAGAUCCCAAUUGAAUACUCAAGGCUGGGAAGUUUGAAGUACCUGGCACUGAAUGGGAAUGAACUUACUGGGACAAUCCCAAGUGAGUUUGGCGAACUUGUUAUGUUGAAGCAGCUAUAUCUUGGCUACUAUAAUGCUUACCAGGGAGGUAUUCCUCCUGAGCUUGCGAAGCUGACAAAUCUUGUUGUAUUGGAUUUGGCGAAUUGUACUCUUUCUGGGCCUAUUCCUCCUGAGCUAGGCAAACUGAGGUUUCUGGAAACCUUGUACCUGCAAGUGAAUGCCCUCUCUGGUCAGAUUCCUUCUAGUUUGGCAGAGCUGCCAAGCAUAAAAAUUGUGGACUUGUCCGACAAUGAUCUCACAGGCCAAAUCCCUGAAGAGUUUGAAAGGCUACACAGCUUGAAGCUGCUGAAUCUGUUUAAGAACAGGCUCCAUGGAAUUAUUCCCUCUUUCAUAGCAGAGCUCCCCAACCUUGAAGAACUUGGGCUAUGGAAGAAUAACUUCACCGGCCAGGUUCCUCAAGAUCUUGGUAAGAAUUGCAGACUCAAGCACCUCGACUUGUCCAUCAACAGGUUGACUGGUUUGCUACCACCUUAUCUCUGUAAGAGCGAUAAACUCGAAACUCUUGUUAUACUUGAGAAUUUUUUCUUCGGCCCCAUUCCCCAAUCUCUAGGCAACUGCAGGUCACUAAGGAAUGUGCGUAUGGGAGAAAAUUUCUUCAACGGUUCAAUCCCAGAUGGCUUCUUGAAUCUUCCCUUUCUUGGCAUGAUUGAGCUGCGUGAUAACGAUCUCACUGGAGGUAUACCCACAUCCAUUUCUGUUACUCUGAAUUUAGAACGUGUCAAUUUAUCCAACAAUAGACUAAGUGGCCCUCUUCCCCCAGCUAUAGGCAACUUGCUUCAUUUGAAAUCCCUUCUACUUAACGGUAACAUGUUUAGUGGGAGUAUUCCAAGCCAGGUGGGUAGACUUAUGCUGCUGACUACAUUAGAUUUGAGCAACAAUCAAUUGUCUGGACAAAUACCUCCUGAGAUUAGUCAUUGUGGGUCUCUAACUUUCGUGGAUUUGAGUACAAAUCACCUGAGUGGGAACAUUCCAUCAGAAAUCACUGGGAUGCAUUAUCUCAACUAUCUUAACAUUUCGAGAAACAAUUUAGUUGGGAACAUUCCUAAACAAAUUGGGGGCAUGCAGAGCUUGACUUCUGUAGACCUGUCCUUCAACAAUCUAUCUGGUUUGGUACCUCAGAGUGGGAAAUUCAUUUUUUUCAAUGCAUCUUCCUUUGUAGGAAAUCCAGGGUUGUGUGGGCCCUCUUUAACUCAAGCUUGCAACCAAUCUUCUCAAUCCUAUAGGGAAAACAGUACAUUUAAGUUUUCCUCUACAGCUAAAUUGCUUCUGGUGAUUGGGUUAAUGAUUUGCUCUUUGGCUUUGGGUGUUCCUGCCAUUUUCAAAGCCAGAGCCCUCUGGAAGGACCAUUCUUCAACGACAUGGAGACUAACCGCUUUCCAAAGGCUCCGUUUUUCCUGCGAGGAUGUGCUCGAUUGCCUCAAGGAGGAGAAUAUCAUUGGGAAAGGUGGGUCAGGGAUUGUCUAUAAGGGCAUAAUGCCUAGCGGAGAACAAGUUGCUGUCAAGAGAUUACUAGCUGUUGAUAAAGCCAAAAGUAGGUGCAAGGUCAAGGUCAGGGUCAGGGGCAGGAGCACAGGUAGAGGUUUCUCUUUUGAUGAUUAUGAUCAUGAUCAUGGAUUCAACGCAGAGAUUCGAACUUUAGGUAAAAUUCGGCAUCGGAAUAUAGUGAAACUGCUUGGAUUUUGUUCCAACCAGGAGACAAAUCUACUAGUUUAUGAAUACAUGCCAAAUGGAAGCCUAGGAGAGCUACUACAUGGAAGAAAAGGCGAGUACCUGCAGUGGGCGAUAAGGUACAAGAUUGCCAUAGAGGCUGCAAGGGGCCUUUGCUACCUUCAUCAUGACUGUUCUCCCCUCAUUGUGCACCGUGAUGUCAAGACCAACAAUAUUCUUCUUGCCUCCAAUUUAGAAGCCCGUGUAGCAGAUUUUGGACUCGCCAAAUUCCUUCAAGAUUCUGCUGCCUCUGAAGGCAUGUCCUCCAUAGCAGGCUCCUAUGGCUAUAUUGCUCCAGAAUAUGCCUACACCCUUCAGGUCGAUGAGAAAAGUGACGUGUACAGCUUUGGAGUUGUCCUACUGGAGUUAAUAUGUGGGAGAAAGGCAGUGGGCGAAUUUGGGGAAGGAGUGGAUAUUGUUCAGUGGGUAAGAAAAAUGACCGAUUCUUCAAAAGAAAGAGUUAUGGAAAUCACAGACAGCAGGUUGUCCAGCGUCCCUUCGGAAGAGGUGAUGCAUGUUUUCUAUGUUGCCAUGCUCUGUGUACAGGAGCGUAGUGUAGAAAGGCCUACCAUGAGGGAAGUUGUCCAUAUGCUGACUGAUCUCCCAAACUCCAAAUGGCUCAAAAAAUAGCUUCACUUGCACCAGCUAAAUAUCCAUUCUCUUGUAUAUAUUAUGGUCUUGAUAGUGCUAUUCAGAGUAGAUGUUGGCACUUAUAAGGUGCGCACCUCCUUGUGACAGCGCUGGUCUUGUGGUAGCCUAUCUGUGUUUAUAAAGUAGUUAUAACUUUUUCUCAAUAAAUCUAUGAGGUCUCUCACAGGUGUGAAUAUAAAUUAUUUGUGCUA